ACACCGUCCGUGCCAAGCCCCACUCCCCCAGUUUCACCCCCGCCUCCAACGCCUACACCGUCCGUGCCAAGUCCCACCCCACCUGUUUCACCCCCACCUCCAACUCCUACACCAUCCGUACCAUAUCCCACUCCCCCAGUUUCACCAGCGCCUCCAACUCCUACACCGUCUGUGCCAAGUCCUACUCCCCCAGUUUCACCACCACCCCCCACUCCAACACCUUCCGUGCCAACUACUCCUGGCUCUCCCCCUUACGUUCCCCCGCCAUCAGACGGCCAAUCAGGAGCAGGAGUCAGUAGGGCCAGAUGUAGGAAGAAGGGCUCUCCAUGUUACGGUGUUGAGUACACUUGCCCCGCCGCUUGUCCCCGUUCUUGUCAAGUCGAUUGCGUCACUUGCAAGCCUCUUUGCAAUUGCGACAAGCCAGGAUCUGUCUGCCAAGACCCACGUUUCAUCGGGGGAGAUGGUCUCACCUUUUACUUCCACGGCAAGAAAGACUCCAACUUCUGCCUUAUCUCUGAUCCUAACCUUCACAUCAACGCACAUUUCAUUGGUAAACGUAGACCUGGUAUGGCACGUGACUUCACAUGGGUCCAAUCCAUUGCCAUGCUCUUCGGCACUCACCGUUUAUACCUCGGAGCCCUCAAGACUGCCACGUGGGACGAUUCCGUUGACCGGAUCGCCGUCUCUUUCGACGGAAAUGUUAUCUCACUCCCUCAGCUAGACGGUGCCACGUGGACUUCUUCCCCUGGAGUAUACCCUCAGGUCUCCGUCAAGCGAGUCAACGCUGACACUAACAACCUCGAGGUCGACGUAGAUGGUUUGCUUAAGAUCACAGCAAGAGUGGUGCCAAUAACAAUGGAAGACUCAAGAAUCCAUGGCUACGACGUGAAGGAAGACGACUGCCUAGCUCAUCUCGACCUCGGCUUCAAGUUCCAAGACCUUAGCGACAAUGUCGAUGGUGUUUUGGGACAGACUUACAGGUCUAACUAUGUUAGCCGAGUUAAGAUCGGAGUCCACAUGCCUGUGAUGGGUGGUGACAGAGAAUUUCAGACAACCGGACUUUUCGCACCUGACUGCUCAGCCGCAAGGUUCACCGGUAACGUGGGCAGCAAUGGUGGCCGAAGCAAAUUGGAGCUCCCUGAGAUGAGUUGUGCCAGUGGCAUAGGUGGCAAGGGAGUUGUCUGCAAGAGAUAGACACUCCUGAUUUCAUUCCUACUACAAUAUAUACCAUUAUGCAAAAUUGGUAACUAUAAUAUUAUAACUUAAUAAAAUGUGUAACAUGGUUGAUUUUUCCUAGAACAAUAAUAUUGUCGAGAAAAGGAAACAUGUAAUAAUACAUGUAACUUUACUUUUCAUGAAUUUUAUUGAAA